AUGACCGACUACAAAGUGCACUUCUUUCGAUACAGCGCCGUUGACGAUAACUUUGACGGUAGCAAAAUAGUCAUCUUUGUGAGAUCGUAUCAAACCGUAUUCAAGUUGCAAUACCACUCCCACGUUUACACAGGACAGCGCCUCGCCUUCUACCAGCGCUGUCUCCAGCUUCUACGGGAGCACCACGACGACGAGACAGAACAAGACACCAUCAACAUGCUCGUCGCGCCUUUUAAGCCAUGGAUGGAUAACAUGGCACUAGCACCACCUACCAUCACUCUCCUCCUCCACGACUACCUCUACGUGGCCACAUACGUCUUCAACGCUGUCGCCGAUACCAGCACGCCAGAUGCCUUCAAGCCCGUCUCCAAAGGGCCCAUCUUUGGCCGUGCCUAUCCUGCCCGUGGUCUAGAGAUCACAGCUACACACCACGACUCGCUCACAUGGUGUCCGCUAUUCACCUCUAAGGAGGUGCAGCUGCCCGAAGCGGAGCCCGAGGCAGGGUACUUUGCGUGUCUCGAGAGCCCUAACAAGGUCCUCGUCGGCAAUACCAUCUGCAACUUGAAGCAAUUCGGCGCUUAUGAAGUCGAACACGAAGCCAAGACUACCGAAUUCGAUACAUAUCGUAAGAUAGCCCAGGCCCGUGCACGCGGAACACUCCCCGACACGUUUCGCAUCGCCCGCUUACACGGGCUAGUAAUGGACGAUAGGGCGUGCAUCCCGCGGGCGAUGAUGGCGUCUCGUGGAAAAGAUAAGGAUCGGCACUAUCGCUUAAUCGGCAUGCUAAUCGAGCACAUUGAUCAUAGAUGCACGCUCUGGGACGCGGCCAGACAGACAAGCUGCACCAAUGAGCAGCUGCGUACGUGGGCUAGCGAGCUCGGGGCCAUGGUGACGCAGCUGCACGAGGCAGGUAUCGUUUGGGGAGACAUUAAGCCUCACAAUGUGCUUGUUGAUGCAAUGAAUCAGCUUUGGAUUGUAGAUUUCGCUGGCGGCCACACGCCCAAAUGGGUGGAUUAUGUGCACAAGGGCACCAUGGCCGGCGAUCUGCAGGGCCUGGAGCGCAUCCAGAGUUGGCUUUUCCGACGGGAGAAGUGA